ACCGAUUUUUUAAUAAUAAUAAUUAAGGGGGCAAGAUAUAUGGUAGCGUGGUUGAGGGGUACAAACCAGACUGGGCCUAUAAUUGAGGGAGUCAUAGUGGACUUAUCCCUCACGAAAAUCCUCUUGGCCCGCUCAAGCGACGCUGCCCAGCCCACGACCCGACUGCCUUCCUCGACGGCCGGACUGCCGCCACCGCCACAUCGCCGUCGCCUGCAAGCAUCCUCCUCCACGGCGCCGGGCCGCCCCGCCGCCUCCUCACCCCGUCGUCCAAGCCCCAAAAACUCUACCCGAUCGGCUUGCUUCGCUUCCCUCCCCUUCCUCCCGACGCAAUGCACCCGAUCAAACUCUGUGCCCGCUCGCCCCGGCCGUCGUCCAAGAAGCGGAAGCGCCCCGCCGCCGCCGCCGCUACUCCGCCGGAAUCUGAACCGGAGCCGGUACACAACACCGCCGCCUGCAAUUCGGAGGGAGAGAACAACGCGACGGGGAAGAGGAGGGAGCACAACAACAAGAAGAUGAAGGAGGAGAAGAGCAAGAGGAAGAAGAAGCAGGGGGAGGGGAAGAAGGGAUCAGGGAUUCUGACGGACAAGCUCUUCUCGGAUCUCCCCAUCUCCGACCUCACCGCCAAUGCCAUCAGAGACAUGAACUACACCCACCUCACCGAGAUUCAGGCUAGAUCGAUACCGCCUCUGAUGUUGGGAAGCGAUGUGAUGGCGUCAGCCAAGACCGGCUCAGGGAAGACGCUUGCGUUCCUCAUCCCGGCGAUCGAGCUGCUCUGCAGGCUGCGCUUCUCGCCGAGGAACGGGACCGGAGUUAUCGUGCUUUGCCCAACAAGGGAGCUCGCUAUCCAGACACACAAUGUUGCCAAGGAAUUAAUGAGGUAUCAUUCACAAACUCUUGGAUAUGUAAUUGGUGGUAUUGACUUGAGGGGCGAGGCUGAGCAGCUCGCGAAAGGGAUCAAUGUAUUAGUUGCAACGCCAGGAAGGCUUCUGGACCAUAUGCAAAAAACCAAAAGUUUCAAAUAUGAAUGCCUAAAGUGCCUUAUAAUUGAUGAAGCUGAUCGUAUACUUGAGCAAAAUUUUGAGGAACAAAUGAAACAAAUAUUUAAACUCCUUCCUCGGCAGGGUAGGCAGACUGUUCUUUUUUCUGCUACACAGACUGAAAAGGUUGAAGAUUUUGCGAAGUUAACAUUUGGGAGCAAAGAAGAAAGGCAGCGAACACUUGUUUAUGUUGGAGUUGAUGAUCAUGAAUCAAAGGCUACUGUUGAAGGAUUGAAGCAGGGCUAUUGUGUCAUUCCUAGUGAGAGAAGGUUUCUGGUUCUGUAUGCUUUCCUAAAAAAGGCACUUUCUGAGAAGACGAAGGUCAUGGUGUUCUUUUCAUCAUGUAAUUCAGUCAAAUUCCAUGCACAACUUCUGAAUUUCAUCCAGAUAGAGUGUUAUGAUAUCCAUGGGCAACUAAAGCAGCAUCAACGAACUAGUACAUUUUUUAAGUUUCACAAGGCAGAACAUGGCAUCUUAUUAUGCACUAAUGUGGCAGCACGAGGACUUGAUAUUCCUGAUGUGGACUAUAUUGUGCAAUAUGAUCCUCCAGAUGAAACAAAGGAUUACAUUCACAGAGUUGGUCGUACUGCCCGUGGCGAUAAUGGCAAAGGAAGUGCAAUACUGUUCUUACUACCGAAAGAAUUACAGUUGCUCAUUCACCUGAAAGCAGCUAAUAUUUCUGUAUCUGAAUAUGUGUUCAGACAAGAGCUUGUGCCAAAAUUGCAACCUUACCUUGAGAAAAUUGUUGGUGGGAAUUACAUCCUAAACAGAUCGGCGAAAGAAGCCUACAAAUCCUAUCUUUUGGCAUACAAAUCACACUCUAUGAAAGACAUUUUUGCUAUCCAUCAACUUGAUUUGACGAGCGUAGCGGCUUCGUUCUGUUUUAGUGAGCCUCCAAAGGUGAAUCUGGACCUGGAGAGCAGUGCGUCAAAACAUCGAAAGAAGAGGAAUGUAAACACUGGCAGGAGGCAUGGUAUCGGCCCUUCAAACCCAUACGGAAGGAAAGGCAGUGAUGAUCGUAGGCAGUUUGCAAGAUUCUAGAGAGGAAGACCCUGUGUUUGGAAUUUGAUAGAUCAUCUAAUAUUUUUACUAGUGGUUGAGUCUCUGUUUUUGUUCCUGAUCAUUGACACUUUCACUAGUUCUGGUUGUCAUCUGGUUAACACAGGUAGAGGUAGGAGGAUGUCACAAAUUGGGAGAAGCUUUUGCUGAAUACUAGUGAUGAGUUUUUGUUCUCCCAAAUGAGUGUGGCUUUUUGUAAUUAGUUAGUAUGGUAAAUGGUCUGUGUUGCAAAUAACUUAUCCACUUAUCGGCGGCGAAUAAAUUAGUUAGCAUUAUUUUUUU